UAUCCAUUUUUUUGUGAUCAAUAAUCAAACAACCAAAGACGAAAUUAGGUAUAAAAAAAAAGGGCCAAAUAAUAAAUUCAAUGGAGGAAAAAGAGUCAAAUAAUAAAUUUCAUGGGAAAGAUUACUACACAUAUAAAGGUGUUAAAUUUUUUUUUUUAGAGGGGGAGCCAUGGCCUAUGCCUGCCUCCUAGCUACUCCCCUACAUUCACGUACUAAAAUUUCCACAAACUAAAUUCUCAGUUUGGAAAGACUCUGAGUCAUUGCAUUCAAUUCUUUUGGAUUGUAAUUUCACAUAUAAAUUCAUCAGCUGAUAUAUAUCUGUCCGAUAUUUAUAUUUGACAAGUAACAACUGCUGCAUUCUUGUUUUGGAUUCUUCAUUUUCUUCUUGCUCUCUGACUCCUUUUUCUAAGUAAGCUUAAAAGAUGGUUAGUACUGAGGUUGCAAGGACAAUUGUAGGGACCAUUGGAAAUGUCAUCUCUUUCUUCCUAUUUGCAUCACCAAUACCAACAAUUGUGAACAUGUACAAGAAAAAAGCAGCGGAGGAAUUCAAACCAGAUCCUUACAUAGCAACUGUAAUGAACUGUAUGUUGUGGGUUUUCUAUGGUUUACCAAUUGUUCAUCCUGAUAGCACCCUUGUUGUCGCCAUUAAUAGCAUUGGACUUGCAAUGGAGCUCAUUUACCUCUCCUUCUUCUUCAUUUACGCUAAGAGGAGUGGCCGACUAAAGGUUAUUGGGUGGCUAUGCAUAGAGAUUAUGCUUUUGGGGGUUGUGGCCUCAUGCACAUUGCUGUUGCGCAAAACUCAUGCCCAAAGAUCUGCCAUUGUUGGAAUCCUUUGUGUCAUAUUUGGGGUGCUAAUGUAUGCUUCACCUCUUACCAUCAUGUGGAAGGUGAUCAAAACAAAGAGUGUGAAAUACAUGCCAUUUAACCUCUCAUUGGCCAACUUUCUUAAUGGAAUUAUUUGGGUGACUUAUGCCCUCAUUCGAUUUGAUCUCUAUAUCUUGAUUGGAAAUGGAUUGGGGGCACUAUCUGGAGCAAUACAGUUGAUUCUCUAUGCUUGCUACUUCAGCUCUACCUCGAAAAAAGACGACGACGAUGAUGAUGAUGAUGUUAAGCCUUCUGAACUGUAACUCUCCGGUAGCAAUGGACCAGCUAGACCAACAGUUUGAUCAAUAUUGAUGACUAAAGCAAUAAAAGUCAUAUUCUAAGUAAUUUUUCUUGAAAGAAUUAUAUGAAUGUGUUGUCAGGGACGGAUCUACGAUUGGGGCAGUAGGGGCAGCUACUUUUACUAAGAUCCUAUAUCUCAUAGAUUUUGUUAUAAUUUCGUUGGAAAAUUUUAAUUCUUUUAUAGUUUGCCCCUAU